UGAGCAUGUCUCAGCUUGCUGCUCGGCUCACCAGAGGGCUUAUUCAUUUGCACUACUGAUUUGCCCCGUGUUAUUUCUGCUGGAACGACUUCUUUGCCCUGUUGCUUGCGGGAGACCCUGUGGUUGAGUUCAAUCUGCCAGAUUUCCCUAUGUGAUCUCCUUCAUGGUUUAGAAAUCACACUCACUAACAAAGAUGACCCUGCAGAGCCAUGCCGCUCCUCAGAGCUUCUGAUUGCAAAAUAAAACGUACACAGUAACGAUUUCAACCUACAAAACAUUCCUUCACUUCCAAGAUGAGUGACACAAACUACGGGGUUGUGGACUAUGAUCUCUCCUCUCCUGCUCCACCCGGGUUCACCAGGGCCCCGACGGUGCUGCAGCCCAUGCCGGGGCACCCCGAGCAGGGGACGGCCCUGUGUUUCGUCGGCCUCCUGGUGCUGCUGUUGCUCUUUCUCGUCGUUCGCUGCGUCCGUAUCUUAUUAGACCCCUACAGCAGCAUGCCGGCCUCAUCGUGGACGGACCAUAAGGAGGGGCUGGACAGAGGACAGUUUGAUUAUGCACUGGUGUGAAGAUGAGGGGUGAUCGGAAGAUGAGGAGAGGGAUGAAUUUGGAGAUUUGUAAAGGUUCUUUUGAGGGACUUUUGAUGGAUGAUGUUAGUUCCUUGCCCUGCUAAAAGCUUCCAUUUCCAAAGUGAAUGAAAGAAACAACAGUAAGUUUGUCGUUUGGUUGGAGUACUGCAAUGCAAGAUGUAGAAAUAACAGCAUAAAACACAUUAAACAGUAUCUGUAUAAGGAUUCAAAAGCAAAAAAGAGCAGAUGCGCCAGAAGUCCUGCAUCUAUUUAAAUUCACAGUAAUUAAUGUAUUAUUGGAGACUAAUGGUGUGUAUGAUGGCAGACUGCAGCUUCAAGAGUGACAAACACCGCAGGAAGACAGCGAUCAGUAACGCAGCAUUAUGUUAGGACUCCUGUUUGUCAUGUCAUUUUGUAAUUCUAUAACGUUUUUACAAAUCCCAGGGCUGCAUUAUAAAUAGAGAACAGAGCUGCUGCAGCAAGAGAGGUCCUGAUUGAAUAAAAGAGAACUCAAAUGGGUUUAUGGGCAGACAUAGAAGUCAUUUAGACAGAACUAAUACGCAUUGUUACAGCAGAUUUAAAGCAAGACUGUCAACUUUAUACGUUGAUUUAUUGUUAAAAUGUUUUUGGAAGUGCAACAAUUUAGAAGAUGUCAUAGUUUCUCUCGAACUAGAAACCUUUUUUUUUAAUGUGAACUAUGCUGGAUAUUGUGAAGCAUUUGUACCACCUCUAACGUGAUCCUCAGGUAUAAUGAUUUCUAACUAACCAAAGCUUCUAUAAUUCAAGGGAAUCUCUUAAAUCGCCUCCUUUAAUUGAGCUUUAGCUGCUAUUUGUGUCACUCUGUGUUCUUUAGAAAAGUCACUGUGUCCUAAAUUUCAAUCGUAUCCCGCUAUAAAAGCUGAUGUUUAUAAUACAUAACGGUUAAUACAAGAUAUUUUAUUUGGGGUUUUGCUAUUUCAUGUCGCCAUCCCUUUAAGAGGCUUAUGAGGCUCAGUGCGGAGGGUCACGCGCUGACUCAAUAUGUGUCAUAUAAAGUUAUGAUUAUGAAAUGCAUGUACACCAAUUUCCUCCCCCUAAUCCUAUUUGCCUUUAGGCCCCGUCCAGCGCACCAGCCAAAUCUGUUCAACAGUGCCUGUAGGAAUAUGAGAAAAGCUAAUAUCUAUUUCGUACUAAUUUUACUGCUCCUUUUGUAAUAUUGUUUUUGCCCUUAUUAUACUGUAAAAUCCUCUCUUUAUAAAUAAAGUUUAGUAUUGAUAUAUUACUGAUUUGUUAAAAAGUUGAUUUGUUUCAUUAAUGAUGACCAAAAUAUUUGUUUAUCAAUACCAAACUAUUGUAUAUGGUUCCUGGAUGUAGACUCUUGCUGGUAAAAAUUAGAUAUUUUCCUAAUGUUUCUUUAAAGUGGCAUUCCGUUUUUUUAAUGAAAUAAAAAGCUUUUGUCUUUU